CACUUCUUCAGUCGCCGCUCGCCCGCAACCCUGAAAGCGUUAAGCCGCUGCAAUUGUACGCAGAGCUUAUAGGGAGCUGAAUAAAGGUGAAGAGAGGCAGAGAAUCAGAAACUCUAGAGCUUCUAAACACUAACCCCGCCGCAGUAGGAAAGCUUGCCAAAUUCUCGGUGAGAGACGGCUGCGCCGGUGACGACGGAUAGGAGUUGGCAGCGAGAAGAAUAAAUAAUCAUGGAAGCCAUCGCGAAGACAAACACAAAUGCACCCAAGAAGCAAGUGCUUCUUUUCUACUGCCUGGAGUGUGAAGAACUCGCCCGUAAGGUCGCCGCCAAUUCUGACCUCAUCACCCUUCAAUCCAUCAACUGGAGGAGCUUCGAGGAUGGGUUCCCGAACCUUUAUAUAAACAAUGCUCAUGAUAUACGGGGUCAGCAUGUGGCGUUUCUUGCUUCCUUCAGUUCACCAUCUGUGAUCUUUGAGCAGCUCUCUGUCAUAUAUGCACUUCCGCGUCUGUUUGUUGCUUCCUUCUCGUUGGUUUUGCCUUUCUUCCCAACUGCCACCUUUGAGAGAAUGGACGAAGAAGGGGAUGUUGCAACAGCGUUCACCUUGGCCAGAAUCUUGUCAAAUAUUCCCAUAUCAAGAGGCGGCCCUACUAGUCUAGUCAUCUAUGAUAUACAUGCUCUACAGGAAAGGUUUUACUUUGGGGACCAUGUAUUGCCUUUGUUUGAGACUGGGAUACCUUUGUUGAAGCAACGCCUCAGACAGCUUCCUGAUUCUGAUAAGAUUAUUAUUGCGUUUCCUGAUGAUGGUGCUUGGAAGCGAUUCCACAAUCUGUUGGAUGAUUUUCCAACUGUUGUGUGCAACAAAGUUCGUGAAGGUGAUAAGAGGAUAGUGAGGAUAAAGGAGGGAAAUCCUGCUGGUUGUCAUGUGGUUAUUGUUGAUGAUCUGGUGCAAUCUGGCGGUACUCUUAUCGAGUGCCAGGUUGUGAUCCACCAGAAAGUUCUGGCAGCUCAUGGUGCAGCUAAAGUAAGUGCGUACGUUACCCAUGGCGUGUUUCCUAAGAGAUCUUGGGAGCGAUUCACUCACAAAAAUGAUGAUUUGGAGAAAGCAUUUGCCUAUUUUUGGAUCACUGAUUCAUGCCCUGGAACCGUUAAAGCUGUAGCAAGCAAAACUCCAUUUGAAGUACUGAGUCUUGCAGGAUCCAUUGCUGAAGCACUACAAAUAUAAGGUACCUCUAAUGAUCAUAUCCUAGGAGAGUGUCGAUGAUCGCUGGGACCAUAAACUCCUUUAAGUGAAAACAGCGCAUACCAUAGGGCUGCUGAUUUGCUUCUUUUGCCCAACUGCGGAUGUUUGAUUGCUGAUGUUCAAAUUAUCUCGAUCGAUUUGAACCUUGAUCUCGAGACUCGUGGGUUUCAGCCUAACUUUGUUUACUAAUUGCUAUCCCUUAUCUAGUUUAUGUGGAUCUUGAUUGCAAAUGAAUGUCUCAAUUAUCGUAAUCCCUAUGUGUGUGGGCUGAGGGGAGGAACACCACAUUGGAAUUUGAA